GAACGAGAAACCAUGGUAAACCCCAUUGUCAUAUUGGAGCUCUGGUUAAAGGCUAGGCUAGCACCGGCCUUUGCUCACUACUUAAAGGCCAAGAGGCAAGAGGGAGGAAAACGCUGCUUUUCUUUUGAUGAUGACGAUCUUUGGUUGAAUCGUAUAGGCAAACAAGUGCCGCUAUUAUAUGGUGAUGAAUUCUGCUCCUCCUCCACCUACACAAUUAUUCGGCUAUUGACUCUGAAGCUUCUCUCGCAAUGGCGGAUUCGACUGGACAACGUCUGUACAGCUGCUUCAAGUGUGGGAAUCUAGUUUGUUGCCACGAUGACAUUAUCUCCAAGAAUUUCCAGGCAAGCCAUGGGAGGGCGUUUCUCUUCUCCCACGCCAUGAACAUAGUAGAAGGUCCCAAGGAGAACAGGAAUCUCAUGACCGGUCUCCACGUGGUUUCAGAUAUCUACUGCGUCGAUUGCCAGGAGAAUUUGGGAUGGAAGUAUUUCCGAGCGUACGAGGAAUCCGAGAAGUAUAAGGAGGGGAAAGUCGUGCUCGAAAAAUUCAAGAUCGUCAAGCAUAACUGGUAGCACCAGACACAGAGACUCCUUCCCUAGUCCCCCACGAGUCGAUUGAACGGUUCUCGAUUUCAUCCUCCUCUGUAAAGAAUCGUCACAAAUGUAAAUUUCACGUAUUGGUUAUCCACAUAAGAGAUGGAUGAUCAGUUGGCCUGUCAAGUUAUUAGACAGAUUGGUGCUUCAGAAAUUGGAGCACUCAUUGACUUUCA